UUAAGCCAAUACAGAUUGGGCUUCUCUGGGCUAAGUCACAGGUACAAAGAUGGAUGUGAUAUUGGCCCUGCCCUGAAAGGUUCACUUUAGUGUAUGUGAUGUUGAGGGGUAACCUUUAGGGGGCUCUAAAACCGCCUCUUAAACUUCUCAUCUUGAGACUAGAGCUGUCUCCAGAGGAGGCAGGGAGGUGUGAGAAGAAGGACAAAAGAGGCCCUGAUUCUGCAACCCAGCUCAGUCCUCCUUCCCAAGCUCUACUUUGUGCUAGACUUCUUAGGGGUUAGACUGGAGAGGGAGCCCUCCAGGUUACCUGAGCAUCAUAGUGCAAUUCCCCUAAAUAGCUCCAAGACCUGAAAAGGUGACAGUUUGUACAGAACUCCUUCUAACAGCUUUGCUGGGCCUCUCUAGCACCUGCAGUCACGUCGCCUGAAUUCUGGAGUGUCUAGGGAACAAAAGCCCCAGGUGGAUCUGGUGACUUUCCUGCCUGCCUCUAGGUUUCCCUCUGCCUACAUUACCCUCCACCCAUAGUCCUCUGCUCUGGGGCCUCCCAGCCCAAAGUCCUCUGCCUACCUCAAGGCACAAGUACCUCCCUCCUUCAUCCUCUACGAACUUCCCCCUGCCCUCUGCUCUCAUUGCCCUCAGGCUAUCUCCCUAUCCCCAGGGCUCCAUCUUCUAACCUGCUCCACAUUCUCCUCUGGGAGCUCUCUAUUUGGCUCUCCAUCUGAGUCUCGCCAGACCUGUUUUUCAGUACCCUCUUCCAUGAGAAUUCCCUCUACUGAAACUAUUUUGCUUUUGCCUCCCCGCAUGUACACCUAUGUCUUCAUCCUCGGGGAACGUCCUGUCUCCCUCUUUGCACAGGGUAAUGUUGCUCUCCCUUCCUCUUGCUAACAACUCUUUUCCCUCCUCCUAGUGCACAGGAUGGGUCUCUGUGCUUCGAGUGCCACUGAGGACAGCAGGCAGUGACAGACUAUGAGGGAAGCACCCUGAGGGAAAAGCCAGUCCUGAUUCUCCAUCUUAUUCCUGAAAAAGAGUUUGUUGGAUGCUUUUCAACUAAAAGCAGAUGAUUAAUUCAGCCUCGACCUUGUUCUGUCUUUGAACAACAGAUAAAUUAGUUUACUUGAAAAGAAAUCUUUGCAUUUGUGUUUCCAUGUCACCUGUGGUUUUCCCUGCCUUACACCCACAGCCCUGCCAGCUGGCAGGAAGAAGGUCAGCAAGGCUGCCGAUAAGAGGAAUAUAAAGAGGGCUUGUUUCAUGGAAAGGGGCAGUGGUCUACUCCGCAGGCAACAUGCUACGCUUCCUGGUCUUUGCGGCCCUGGUCCUUUAUGGACACAGCACCCAGGACUUUCCAGAAACCAACCCCAGGGUGGUUGGAGGGACUGAGGCCCAGAGGAACUCCUGGCCCUCUCAGAUUUCCCUCCAGUACCUGUCUGGAGGUAGCUGGUAUCACACCUGUGGAGGGACCCUCGUCAGACAGAACUGGGUGAUGACAGCUGCUCACUGCGUGGACAGCCAGAUGACCUUCCGUGUGGUGGUUGGAGACCACAACCUGAGCCAGAACGACGGCACUGAGCAGUACGUGAACGUGCAGAGGAUCGUGGUGCAUCCAUACUGGAACAGCAACAACGUGGCUGCCGGCUACGACAUCGCCCUGCUGCGCCUGGCCCAGACAGUUACCCUCAACCGCUACGUCCAGUUGGGUGUUCUGCCACAGGAGGGAACCAUCCUGCCUAACAACACUCCCUGCUACAUCACAGGCUGGGGCAGGACCAGAACCAACGGACAGCUGGCCCAGACCCUGCAGCAGGCUUACCUGCCCACCGUGUCCUACUCCACCUGCUCUAGCACCUCCUACUGGGGCUCCACUGUGAAGAACACCAUGGUGUGCGCUGGAGGAGAUGGAGUUCGCUCAGGAUGUCAGGGCGAUUCUGGGGGUCCCCUCAACUGCAUGGUGAAUGGCCAGUACGCUGUCCAUGGAGUGACCAGCUUUGUGUCCAGCCAGGGUUGUAAUGUCUCCAGGAAGCCCACAGUCUUCACCCGGGUAUCUGCUUACAUCUCUUGGAUGAAUAAUGUCAUUGCCAACAACUGAACAUUUUCCUGAGUACAACGGCCAUUCCAAGAUGAUCUUCAAUCCACAGCAGGACUUGAGGCCAUCAAGGAAAAAACAUUCUAGGAGACUAUUGAGCCAGACAUAGAAAAGCAAAUAAAACUGCAUACACAUU